CGAAAAACGCGUAGUAUGACGUGUGUGACCGUCGACGCCAUAUUGUUAAGCAUUUAUUGGGCUGUAAUGGCGUCCUCAGCUAAAUCUUCAUCUCACUGCUCCGCUAUCAACUGUUCUAAUCGUAAAUCUAAACGACCAGAGCUGUCAUUCUUAGGUUCCCCAAUAAAAAAGAAAGGUGAAAUGACAUAUAAGAGACAAAAAGCAUCGUCAAUAUACAGGUCUCUCCACACAACUGAAAACAAUUGCACAUGUCAACGGUGGGUCCAGAAUACUCGUCGACAAGAUUUCCUACACCGAAGUACGGAGUACUUGUCAGCCAACUGUUGUCUUUGUUCUGUACACUUUGAACUUGACCAGUUUUCCAACAAGCAGACUAAGAACAGGCUAAAUUGGAAUGCUGUUCCAACGCUCUUCGACGUUCCUAACCCGCCGAAACGUCUGUCUUCCCAACGGAGGUUACUCAAGAGGACGAAUGUGAACCUCCCAUCCUCACCAACGCCUUUAAAACAGCAACGAGUGCCAUACAACAUACAGACAGAACAUUCUUACUGCUCAGCUGCAGACAAAGUUCCGCGGGAAGAACCCAGCAGUGUCUCUACAACUCCUGAAACACCUGAUCUUCAAAUCACACCAAAUGUAAAUGACAGCAGAGCUCUGAAGAAGGAUUUUCUUUGUUAAAGUCUGACCGCUGAAUCUCUGUCUAUUGAAAUUGUCUCUUUUUUUUAUCAACAACAAAGAGACAUAAAGAUGCAGUGAGCAGCAACAAGAGGCACAGCAAGAAAGAAUUAUACUCAUCUUUGACAUUUAAAAUGUUGUUAUAUUUUAAGAGAUGUUAAACUUUAAUAAAUCAUUUUUCCACUU